GCGGGCGGCGGGGGGAUGUCGGCCGCGUGCGCCGUGUCCCGCAAAGCGCAGCCGGCGCUGCCGCCGCCGCCGCCCCGGGGAGAGAGGGACCCGCCCGCCAAGGCUAUGCGCAGGGGGCUGCGGCGGGGCCACGAGGAGGAGCGCGAGCAGCUGCCGUGGCCGGCGGAGGGCGCGGGCGGCGGGGGCGGCGAGCGGCAGGCCGAGCGGGCGGCCGAGCGCGGCGACGAGCGGCGGCGGCGGCAGCCGCACGAGCCCAGAGCGCUGGCGGCGGCGGCCCGGGCGGAGGAGGAGGCGGAGGAGGAGCGCAUGGAGCGGGAGCACUUCCGCAGGAUCAUCAACGCCUUCCGAUACUACGGAACGAAUAUGCGUGAACGAGUGAACAGAACAGAGAGGCAGUUUAAAUCUCUCCCAGCUAACCAACAGUGUCUUCUUCCUCAAUUCCUUCCUCACCUUGACAAGAUUCGGAAAUGCAUCGAUCAUAAUCAAGAAAUACUACAUACCAUUGUGAAUGACUGCGUUCAUAUGUUUGAAAACAAAGAAUAUGGAGAAGACGGAAGAGGGAAGAUUACACCAGCUUCAACGUUUGAUAUGGAUAAAUUGAAAUCCACCUUGAAACAAUUUGUGAGAGACUGGAGCGAAGAGGGAAAGCCUGAGAGAGAUUCCUGCUACCAGCCAAUCAUUAGUGAAAUUGUAAAGAACUUUCCAAAAGAAAGAUGGGAUUUCUCCAAAGUCAAUAUCCUGGUACCUGGUGCUGGGCUAGGUAGAUUGGCGUGGGAAAUAGCUAGGCUCGGUUAUGCUUGCCAAGGAAACGAAUGGAGCCUCUUUAUGCUCUUUUCUUCUAACUUUGUACUCAACAGAUGUUCUGAAGUUAACUCAUGUAAGCUUUAUCCCUGGAUUCAUCAGUUUAGCAAUAACAGAAGAUCUGCUGAUCAGAUACGUCCAAUUUAUUUCCCUGAUGUUGAUCCUCACAGUCUUCCUUCUGGUUCAAACUUCUCUAUGACGGCAGGGGAUUUUCAAGAAAUUUACUCUGAGUGCAAUACUUGGGACUGCAUAGCAACUUGCUUUUUCAUCGAUACGGCACAUAAUGUUAUCGAUUAUAUUGAUACUAUAUGGAAAAUACUAAAGCCUGGAGGAAUAUGGAUAAAUGUAGGUCCUCUACUUUACCACUUUGAAAACUUGGCAAAUGAGCUUUCUAUAGAAUUAAGCUACGAGGAUAUAAAAAAUGUUAUACUGCAGUAUGGAUUCCAUAUAGAGGUGGAAAAAGAAUCUGUACUGUCAACUUACACUGUGAAUGAACUCUCCAUGAUGAAAUACUACUAUGAAUGUGUGUUGUUUGUGGUGAGAAAACCAGAAUAGGAGUGGUUUAAAUAGGUUAGUCAGAAAAAAAAUGUUGGCUUGAAUGCUAGAAUCAAAAGGAAAAUGGACUGAGUGAUGUGAUGUCUGGACACAACCUCAAAUCAGUGGUGCCUUCUUAUUCCUAAUAGGAUUUAGAUAGUGUCUAUUUUCUUAAUAUCUAUGUUGCUAUCCAGACAUGUACUAUGCCAUGCAUAUUUAUACUAUAGUGAAAAUGGAGGAGGAAAUGUUUGCAUACACUGUCUUUAUGCUUUGGAAUGAAUUUAAAAAUGAAAACGUUUUCUUGGGUAUAAAACUUAAUGUUCACCAGGAUCGGGCUAGUUUUCUGUAUCUGCUGCCUCGUUUUUCUCAGACCCAUAGUGAUUUCCUUUUUUCUCUGUCUGGAGGUACUUAAUGUACUUUCUGUGUCAUGUUUAGAAAAGUAUUUUUAAACAUACAUUUAAAAUUACAAAAUCUGAAAUGGUCGAAAAGUGAUAAUGAUUCUGGACAGAUAUAAUAACCAACAGAACUGUUACAGUGUUCUCUGUAGAACAAAAAAUAGGAAGGAAGUAGACUAUUGUUAAAAAUUCUAAUUUUGGCCUGUACCAGUGUUAACAGUUUUAUUGACACACAGAAUUGGUAGGCAGUUUGAAAUACUCUGUGAAAGUGGAGAACCGAGUGAAGAAGAGCAGCAUGUAACAGGAAAGCAGUAUACUACCCUCAGUUCAGGAAUAAACCAGUUCUGAUUAGUCUCUUAGUGUUGAAAUUGAAAUAUUGGAUGAUUUGCAGUCUUAAAAUUCAUUGAUUUUUGAGUCACCCACUUCCUGCUUAAGCCAAAGUUUUAAAGGUGUAACUAACAGAAAGCUCUUCUCUUUCUUAAAGAUAAUAACAAAGCUGAGUUAUCCAUGCCAUAUAUCUUGUGACAGAAAAAAAUCCUUCUUUCUCAAAGGAAAAAAAAAGUUACUAGUGAAAAAUAAUGUACUGUAACCUCAUGGCUUCAUUAUCUUAGUCAGCAUAUGCAGGACAAUUGGCAGACAAUUUCCUUGUAGCUUUAGGCACUUUACCCAUGCUACCCUGGCUUACUUCUUGGUUCCUUAUCCUAAUUUUUUUUCUGGCUAACGAGGCUUUGGUGGAUAUUUAUCCUGGCUGAAUCUUCAUACAAGAAAAGCUGAAUCUUCUGUCGCUCAAGUUACAUAAAUGAGAAAACAUUAAUAAUUACUGUACUGAGAGGAAGUGUCAUGGUAGCCAUUUGUUUUCCUAAUGUGUUGGUUAAUUUCAGUACCAACCUUCAUCCUUACUCAGAACUUUCUUUAAAAUGUAAGAAGCUUGUAGUAAGGAAUCAAGGCUGUUUUUAGUAUUUGGACGUAAUAGCACUGGACAAUAACUUGUUUAAAUGCUUUCCAUUAUUUCUAGUCCCUUUUUGCAGGAUGAUGUCAUAAUCACUUUAAUAGUUCCAUUAUUAACUAAUGGAUUUUUCCUAUUAAGGCCGGACAUUUGUGCCUUCAUUUCUAAGCCGAAAGUUUGCAUGGAGGAAAAACACAACUUUUUUUUUUUUUUUUUUUUAAUACUUUCAACACUGCAUAUGAAAGAGAGUGACCUUGGAUGUUCCAAUACUAUGCCUCUUUCUGCUCAGAAUCCUUAUUGAGAGCAAAGGCUUCUGGACUACAGAAGUUUUCAGUUAGAGCUUUACUUAAACAAACUAUCUCUUCUUCCUACGCUGUACCACCAAGAUUUAACUUCAUUAAUCAACCCUGCUCAAGAACGAUGUUUAAAGCUGAAACACGGCUAUCACAAGUAGAUUAAAAGAAAAACCCUUGAGCACCUUUAAAAGAAAGAAAGAAAAAGUCUUCAGUUACUUUCAUUUUCUUAUUGUACUAUUUACUCUGUUUAAUGAAUGGACUUCAAUUUCUGGUGAUGCUUUACCUUCAUUUUGACUUUUUUUUUCCCUUAGAUAAAAUGUGAUUAGUAUUUUAUUUGGUUUUCCUUGAAUAUGUUCUUUGAAAUCAGACAAAGUUAGAUGAAUGUUGAUUAUGCAGUUGUUGAGUAGCUACACCUGUAAUAUUGCCCAAUUUCUGCCUCUUAACCAGUCUUUAGUUACACUUGAAGUGUGGUGUUUUUUACAACUAAGCAACUGAACUCUUGCAUUCUGGUUGAAUGUCGGUGUCCUUUGUUCUGUCGGUUUUUUUCUUUGCAACAGCACAUUGUCACAAGUGCCAUUUUUUCAUUGGUUUAGGAAAUGUUUUUAUUUACUUUUGUCAUGUAUAUAGUGAUGUGCUUCUAUUUCUCGCUUGGAAAAUGCCAAUUUUCCCCCAUUGUUUUCCUUCUAUGUAUAACAGCUGCAUUAACAGUUGGAAGCCGAAUAAUGUUGUAAGUUGUAUGAGUUAGUGUUUUACCUGCGGUCCUAUUUAUGAGUUCUUACAAUUCAUCAUUUGUGUUUUAUUGAUGGGGAUAAUUGUGUGUUAUUCAAUGUGAUCAAACUCUUCCUCAGUUGUGUACGCAGGGGAGAAAAACGCUUAAGCUGUUUGUCAGCAGGAGCCGAGACAAUUUAGGUCACUAUUAAACUGUACGUGGUAUUGAGUGUAAAAUAAAACGCUGCGUAACCUUCA